CGGGUGGGGCCGGCAGGUGAGUCACGUCUCCCGCUCGCGGAGGCCGAAGGUGGAGCCGGGCCUUUUGUUCGGGGCCCGCCGGCCGAAGAGGAAGGGACGAAGGGCGGCAGCGGGAGGAGCAGGUAUCGGAGCGCCGCCGAGCCGGGACAGGUGGCCGGUAGAGGCGCUUCUGCAACGGAGCUGAGCCGGCGCCCGUCCCGGCGGGGAUGGGCUGAGUUCCGCACGGCCCCCAUGUGUCGCCUGGGUAUGAUUGACACCAGCAGCUCCCAGAAACUCUUGAUGAAAACAGGACUCAUCCUGAUUGUCAUUGGUCACCUGAACUUCAUUUCGGGAGCCCUGGUCAAUGGGACAGUCUUGCGCCACAUUGCCAACCCCCAAGAUACCAUUUCGUUGCAGUAUGCUAUUUCUAACAUCAUUUCAGCCAUCUCGGCCAUCUUGGGAUGGGCUGUUUUCUCCCUCAGCAUCAGCAGCAGCUUCCUCUCGCUCUUCUGCCUGGUGGGGCUGGCGGUGGCCAUUGGCCUGACCUUUGCCAACAAGGGCCAUGCCCUUCUGUCCAUGUGCACCUUUGCUGACAUGGAGGUCAUUCAGAUUGCCCACGAGUGCCCCUUCGACCCCACACGGAUCUAUAGUUCUGCCCUGGUCCUCUGGGGUCUCUCCUUUCUCUUGGACUCCGUGGAGAUCAUCUUCAGCAUCCGUUGCUUUCUUAUCACUCUUACGAUCCUGAACUUGAAGCUUUGUCGCAAGGGGAAGCGCAAGAAAAAGAUCUCGCUGACAUUCGUCACCACCGAGACCAGCGACUCCUGCGAGGGACGGGAUCUGCUGAGGAUGGAGCGCUUGGGUGUUGAGCAGCUGUAGAGGCCAAACGUGUCACUCAGGAGAGCCUGGCAGGCAAAACCCUCACAGACUCUUCUGUGGCACUUUUCUGACUGUCCCUGUUCAGUGUCACCAUCUGAUUUCACUGACUGCUGGGUGGGCUGGAGCCUGCCGGGAGAAAGGGCUUUCUCCCAAGCAAUGAACAGUCUUGUGUUUGUGCAUUUCUCCCGCUCAUCCUCUGGAUGAUGUUUCUAGCUUUGACUUCUCAAACAAGACUGUGAGUUCUUCCUUUUUUAUUCUGAUGCACACAUGCGCAUACCCUCAUGCGUGCCUCUCCUAGGUGGGCAGGCCGGAGGCUGCAGCAUUGACUGGAACAUCUGGAUGGAACCCUGGUGUUCUCUUCGGGGGGGCCAAUGAUGUUCUGGGUCGUUCUCAGGAGCAAAGUCACCCAGAGUGAUGGGAGCCUGAUGGCCAGGGAAGAGGCCCUAGCAGGACCACUCAAGAGAGAACGGACCACUCGGGGCCAACUGGGGUUUUCUCUGACAUGUUGCUUUCAGAAAGUUUGUAUAGUGUUAUCACAGCUUAAACAGGGACUAAAAACUAUAGUUUCCAUUGAAAACUAUGGAAAAUGGCCUUUAGAUGAUGGGUUUGUUGACAAAACUGCAAAUCCACCCUCACUUUGCUUAUCUCUGUAAAUAUGCAAAUCUACUGAAAUAAUGGAUUGGGGGGGCAAUGGAUCAAUCCGCUGCAAAGGAGGCAGACUGGGGAAACCUCGUGUGGUGUCCUGGUGAAGGGAGAUGCCAGCCCAGUUUCAGCCCGAGGCUCCCUGGGAGGAGGUGGGGGAACCUUGGUCCAGCUGUAUACUCUCAGCCAACCUACCUCACAGGGUUGUUGUGGGGAAUGCCAGGAGGAUGGAGUACUGUUUUCUGUCUUAAAUUCUUGGACCAAAGAUGAAUAAAAAUCUAACUAAUUAAUUAAAAGAA